UUCACUUCACACUAUCACUAGCUGUUCUUCACAUUCGCUAUGGACGCCCAGGAUGAGUAUGAACGCGGCAGCUGUAACAGUCUCGAAAUGUUUGUCAGUGACGAUGAAGAUGAUGGCGAUUAUGAUGGUGAUGGUGAUGGUGAUAGGCCUAUGUACUACGGCCAUAUCCAACCGUAUAGAUUUGAGCCUGUGCCUGAUAAAACAACAACAGCUAACUCCGUUGAGGUGGAAACCCCACAGGCAACCAUGGGUCCAGCUGCUGCAUCACGAAUGGAAAAUAAAGAUUGGUGUCAGUGUGGGCUGUGUGUAGCCAUGCCUACAGAGAGGGAGAGCAUUUGCUGUCGGGAGCAGGAGCUGGUGAAUCAGAAAAUACCAGAUGGAGUCACCUGCAUCACCAGCCAUCACAGCUUCUCUGCGGUGUGCCUCAACGAAGAUGUGUUGAAUGUGGCCUACAUGACCUAUAAGCAGUAUGUCCGUCUGGAUUAUGGGAACAAUUGGAAGAGGUAUACUGCUUAUAGGCAGUUUGUUCGUUGGGUCUACCAUUAUCUGGGCGAAAAAGUCAGAGUUCCCUUACCUGCCUGUGCUGUUGCUAAGAUAAGACAGACAUUUCCCUUGCAACAAGGUCAACAUGUUGGCUUCACUUAUGCUGACUAA